AUGGAAAUCACUUUUCUCAAAAAAUUCUGCGAAGUGGGCAACCUCAAGGCCCUGCUUGAUAUUGAGCAGCUUCCUCCAUCAAUGCAGCCUUUCAUUCAACAAUUGAAAUCCUAUUACGAUCCCAUCCCGUUUACUCCAGUCACCAACCAUCGAAGAUAUGAUGAUUCACUCGAUGAUCAACUUUAUCACAAUUUGAUUCACAAAAUCAACGAUAAAUUUCCCCUCUAUGGCAAUGUUUGGAUUACCUCAACUGACUACUCUGCAAAGGAAGUGACGGAUCGUUCAAACUAUACUCCUGUCACAUCCCGGGCAAGCUUUCUUAAGCAUCACUCAAUUCGUAGCGAGGUCUAUUCAACCUUUCACGUGAGCCAAAACAACUCGAUCGUCAGACUCAAAGAUCUUUCUAAGGCAACUUAUGGUCGAAUAGACUCAAUUUUCCGCCACGCCCGUAUCAGGCCUGAUGACGAGAUUUAUAAGGAUGUUUUCUUCGCCAUUAAGCCACUGAAAGCGGUUCCUCCGAUCACUAGCAAUCCAUUCAGGCAGCUAGCUGACUACGAGAUGCAAGUUUCCCUGCAAAUGUUCCACCCUGAGACACACGCCAUGGUUUUUCAUGAAAGUGAGAUCCUCUCUCACUGCGCUUGGAUCAAAUUUAAACCAGGUGAAAUUUCACAUGACAUUUCGUUUGAGACAAUUGCGGUUGUUUUGCUGGACAGAAACUAG